UAAGCAAAGAAACCCCUCGUAUACAAAGUCCUUGAACACUCAACCUUACUCAAGCUAUCAAUUAAUCAACUCAACAAUGGCAUCAAAAUUUUCCCAAUCUUUCAAAGUAACCCGGCAGGCCCCGGAACUGAUCGCUCCCGCAGAGCUGACGCCAAAAGAAGUGAAGAAACUUUCAGAUAUAGAUGAUCAAGAAGGGUUCAGGUUUCAGGUUCCGGUGAUAUUCUUGUACAGGAAUAAUCAUCCUUCGCCUGCAAUGGAAGGGCGAGAUCCAGUGAAGGUUAUCAGAGAAGCACUGAGUAAAGCGCUUGUGUUUUAUUACCCUUUGGCUGGAAGGCUGAGGGAAGGGGAAAAUCGGAAGCUGCUGGUGGAUUGCAAUGGCGAAGGGGUUUUGUUCAUUGAGGCUGAUGCGAAUUUCUCACUUGAUGAACUUGGUGACGAAAUUCAUCCGCCAUUUCCAUGUUUGGAUGAGCUUCUGUAUAAUGUUCCGGGCUCUGACGGCAUCCUUGGAUGUCCACUGUUGCUUAUCCAAGUGACUCGUUUGCUAUGUGGAGGAUUCAUCCUUGCUCUACGUUUAAACCACACCAUGUGCGAUGGAUACGGCUUAGUCCUAUUCCUAAACGCCAUGGAAGAAAUGGCACAAGGAAAACCAACACCAUCUGUAACCCCAGUAUGGCAGCGACACCUCUUGAAUGCAAGAAACCCACCACGCAUAACACACAUCCACCACGAAUACGAACAGCUCGACGAUUCCAACGACACUCUCCACACUACCAACCCCAACGACCUCGACCACAAAUCCUUCUUCUUCGGCCCUGAAGAGAUCUCCUCCCUCCGCAACCACCUUCCUCCCCGCCUCAAAAAAAGUUCCACAUUCGAAAUAACAGUAGCUUGCUUAUGGAUAUGUCGAACGGCUGCUCUUCAACUCGACCAUAACCAGACCGUUCGGUUUUCUUGCGUAACGAGCGUCCGAAACAAGGGAAGUGGAAUUCCUCUUCCUCAGGGCUAUUACGGGAAUGCGUUUGGAUACCCCGCCGCGUGUGCGAAGGCGGGGAGUUUGUGUGGCAGUGGACUGGUGUAUGCAAUGGAGUUGGUGAAGAGGGCGAAGGCGCAGAUGAGCGGAGAGUAUUUGAGGUCGGUGGCGGAUUUGAUGGUGAUGAAGGGGCGGCCCCGGUACACAAAUGUGGAGAACUUCAUCGUUUCGAAUCUGGCGAAUUCGGGGCUUGCAGAGGUUGACUUUGGAUGGGGGAAGCCGGUGUAUGGUGGGACGGCGGGAGCUAUGUCGUUGAUUAGUUUUUGCAUGAAGUUUCAAAGAAUGGAUGGGAAGAAUGGGAUUCUGAUUCCGAUAAGCUUGCCGAAAUCAAGUAUGGUGAGGUUUCAAAAAGAGGUGAAGAAGAUGAUCGCUCAAGGAGCAUCAAUGGAGGAUUUGUCUGAAAUGAAACAGAGUGAGAAGUUAUUAUGCAAGCUUUAAUUAAGUUUGAUUUAGUUAGUUCCAAUAUGUUUGAAUAUUAUAAAUUAUUGUGUGGAAAAUCAAAACUUUCUUUGUUGUGUGGUAAGGAUUUAGAAUGUCAUGUAGAUUGGAUUUUCCAAUAGAAUAAGAACAACCAUGAAGUCCGGUAUGCGUGUCAGAUAUAUAUACAAAUUCAGCAUAUAAUUUUA